AUGGCGUACAAAACGCUGUGCGGGUACUUCGGAGUCCCUCAUGCUACUCUCAGUCGUGUUCUGAAUGCCGCUGAGGAUGCUAUGGGGCGGGCUCUAGCAGGGUUUUCCCCAGCAAGAAUCGUGUGGCCUACUUUGGCCCGCCAGAAGGCAUUAGCUCGACUUACUGCAGCUCGGGAACCCCUGAUGUCGUUUACGUGGGGCUUUCUCGAUGGGAAGAAUUAUCGUGUACCCCCCCACCCAGACAUUCAAAAUGCGCAUUACAACGGUUGGCUGCGUGCGGUUUUCGUGACGGGCACGCUGUGCUUCGGGGCGGACGGCUUGAUCGUGUGGUGCAAACAUAACUGCCCAGGGAGUUGGAACGACUCUGACACCAGCCUCCAGUUUCGCCAGAAACUCCUGGAUGCCGAGUUGAACCCCGACCCUCGUUAUGGUGUCGUCUCGGACAGCGCUUUCCCGUGUGGCGACGACAUGAUUGGGAGAAUCUUAGCGCCGCUGAAAGAGGGAGAUUUGGGGAGGCUUGUUCCGUCCGUGCGUCCUGCAGCACAACGCAUGUCUGCUGCUAUCACCUCAGUGCGCCAAGCUGCUGAGUGGGGCAUGGGAUCUAUCGAGAAAGUAUACCAUCGCUUGUUGCACCCGCUACCUUACGAUGUAGGCAAGCGUAAGCAGAGGCUCGACAAUUUGUUUCGCCUGUCGAACUACAGGGUGCGAACUCUUGAGAUAAGCCAGAUUCGAACUUCGUUUGCGCACUGGAGAGAAGAUAAUGCAUCAAUGUAUUGUUUGUUACGCUUCAAUCGAUCUGCUACAAGUAAUGCACCCCAAGCCGCUCUUACUUCCCCCCAUCUUCGCCAGGAACAGCAUCAUUUGGUCGUGGCGCUGUCGAGCUUCCUCACGAUCGUGAGCUAG